UUUACAUCGUGAGUGCACUCUUUAUCGGUGUGAAUAACAGAGACGUCAAAUUACUCAAUAGGUUUAUAGAUUUAGUAUUUUUCAGAAGAGAUUUAAAUAAGUAGUAUGCCGAAAUAUUAUUGCGAUUAUUGUGAUACAUACUUGACUCAUGACUCACCUAGCGUUCGGAAAACGCACUGCACGGGCCGUAAACACAAAGACAACGUAAAGUUCUAUUACCAAAAAUGGAUGGAAGAGCAAGCGCAGCAUUUGAUUGAUGCUACAACGGCUGCCUUUAAAGCAGGAAAAAUUGCUCAGAACCCAUUUACUACUGGACCGCCCAAACCUAAUGUGGCGAUUCCUCCUCCACAAUUGGGAAUGCCAACUCGACCAGGAAUGAUGCCGUCAAUGCCUGGUGGAGGCCCACCUCUACUGAUGGGACCUAAUGGUGCUCCGCUUGGUCCUGCUAUUGGUCAUAUGGGAAUGCGUCCCCCGAUGAUGAUGCCAAUGGGAAUGCCUCCUAUCGGAAUGGGAAUGCGACCCCCUAUGAUGAAUGCGCCUCCACCACAGAUGAAUCAAAAAGCGUAAAAUAAGAAGUACUUUAUGUUUCUGUAAUUCACUUUAAAAUAUCAGCAAUAAAUAAUUACGUUCUUUCAUGUGAA